UAUUUAACGUUCUUCCUGGAUUCUUAACAUUAUCUUUUAUUCUGAAUUUCUCUUUUUCAUUUCUUGCAUAUCGGUGUGACUGGUGCAAUACUUGCAAGUGUAAUUUAUUUCGUUUUGUGACUUUCAGAGGUGAGUUGUGAGUGACAGAAUGGACCCCAUGAACGGCCAAACCACUGCCAAAACCCUUAUUGCAGUGAGUCAUAAGACAUUGUUGUUUUUCAAUACUGACGUAUAUUUCAAAGGAUGAUUCACUGAAAUUUCCCAAUUCAUUUCACUAACUAUUUUAUCUCGUUUCAAAUUUCUAAUAAUAUCCUUAAGUUAUAAGCCUCAAGAGUAGUGUGCUUCAAAGCUUCCAUUCCCUCCUGAACCGGAGUCAGGGUCAGUUUCCUGGUUAAGUAAUUCUUUGUCAUUAUUUGUUCCUCAAUCGCAGUUUUUAAAUCGAGUAAUAACAGAAAGGAUCCCACUGGAGUUGCAUUUUCAACUGUAGUCCAUCAUGUUUUCCUCACGGUGCAAUCACUCAAAGCUGAAAACAAAUCUUAGGUUAGCAAUUGCACGUCUGAAACAGAUUGAGAAGAAAAAAGCUGAACUAGCUCAGAAGUCAAGGAAAGAAAUUGCAGAUUACAUCAGUGCUGGUAAAGUUGAGCGUGCCAAGAUUCGAGUUGAACAGAUCAUACGAGAAGACUACAUGGUUGAAGGAAUGGAAAUUGUGGAAAUGUACUGUGAUUUGUUGAUAUCAAGAUUUGGACUCUUCGCCGAAGAAAAGGAGUUGCAACCAAGCUUAGCGGAAGCUGUCUCAAGCAUUCUUUGGGUUGCACCACGGAUGGAAAGUGACAUCCCAGAGUUAAAAGUAAUUUCUGAACAAAUUGGUAUCAAAGUAGGGAAAAAAUAUGUUGAGGCAUGCCGCCUGGAAAUGGUAGACACAAUUUCGGACAAACUCAAGCAUAAAAUGGGUGUUCAGCCUCCUCCAAAAAUUCUGGUUGAAAAGUACUUGAUUGAAAUAGCAAAAAACUACGACAUCCAUUAUGAACCAGAUCAACAAGUUAUGUUAGAAGAACAGCAAAGCAAAGGAAUAGAUGCUUUGUUGUUCGAUAAUGGGCUCAGCAAUGAUUUGGGUGGUGAGAAAACACGCCCGACUGGAUUUGUCGGAUUUCCACAACCGCCUCUUCCUCCAAUGCCAGUCCCUGCCUCUGCAGGAGCCGCUAAACCUUUCAAUUACCCGAGUAUUCCUCCACCAGAUGCAAAUGAUGCGAUGCUACAGAACUUCCUGCACGAGGAGUCAAAAGAUGAAGCGCCACCCCCUUACCACCCAUCGUUCAGCCCUCCAUUUUCAUAUAACAUCCCUCCUUCGUCUUCCAACGUCAACCUCCCUCCAGAUCCAAGCAAAAAAAUUAAUACAGCCUCUGGCAACAAUUUAUCAAAUAAUGGUUCAAGUUCGAGCAACCCAGAUAUGAACAUAAACAAACAGAAUGCUGUUGCUCCGAAACCAACACCACGCUCAAAAAUGGCUCCACCGGGUAAUUCCGGUAUGGACCUUAACCUCCCAAGCGUGCCUUCUGAUGAAUUUCCAGCAGAGCUACCGCCCAAUGCAAACGCGCCGAAUAAUGAUGACAUCGAUUUUGACGACCUGAUGAAGAGAUUCGAGGACCUUAAGAAGAGGAAAUAACAUUCUAAUUCAGGCUCAGCAAACAAUAUACAUGUUUACUAUUUUUUGUUAUUUUUGCCUUCUCAAAGUAGGCUUAUUUGUGGCAUUUUCGCUCCUUGUCAAUCCCAAUCAAGGAGAAUAAUUAAGUAAAAAAAUAUUGUCAUUAAUAGAGCUUUCUUACACAAACAGAAAUUAGCAAAUCAAUACUUUUGAACCCUACAAAUUAUUACUUUUUUCAUGAAAUAAUGUUAUUUGGUUUUUUGCUCAUGGUAAUCUCAUAUCUCCCGAUUUUCAGGGUUCAAUAUCUAGCAAUCAAAAGUUGUCAAAAAUAGGUCCAGUAAAAUAUCGGCGGAGAAUAUUAACACAGUUAGUCCAGUAUUUUUACAAACUGAAUUGAAAAAAAUAAAAUAAUAUCUCUAAAAUAUCUAAAAUAAGGCUUUAAUAUGUCUAUAAAAUUUUUCUAUUGGUGUUAAUGUGCCAAAAAAAAGCCUAAUAAUGCAGCUAUGAAAAUGGCUUCAUACUGAAGUAUGUAAUUGUGAUCAAAUCCAUGAAAAGGGACCUUACCCUCCGGAAGAAAAUUUCCCUUAAUUUUUUGCAAAAACUCAAAUCAGGUUUUUCUACAACCCAAGAUUCUUUGCUUUGGAACUUGAGGACCGACAUUUCCUUCACUUUUUUAGAUUUUGUAGUCGAACUUGCGCCAAAAGUUCCAGGUUCUCUUCCUCCAUGCAUCCGCAAAAAGUUGAGGAAGAUUUUUUCCUGGAAGAUGAGGUCCCUUUUCAUAGACCCAGUCACGUAUUGUGGAUUUGUUAUUAAAUAAGAUAUUUUAUUUUUUGAUCGCCCGUAUACUUAAAUACACGUACACUAACACUUAAAGUAGGUGAUGUAUGAAGCAUUUAAAUUUUACAGCUUCAGUGGCUCGAGAAGUCUAAGUUUUACUUCGAUAGGGGUCACUUUGCACCUGUAAAUUGUUUAUUGACAUUUUCUGUGAUCGAAUGUAUGCUUUAGGGAUCUUUACUUAUCGUGGACGUUUAGAUUAUCUUAUCUUUAAGCUUAGUCAAGAAAACGAUAAUGUGUAAAAUUCCUUGCUUUUUUCAAAAAUAUUCUCUGAAAAUUGUGUGAUUGAAAUGCCUGGUCAUAUUCUUCUAAAAAAAUAGAAAAGGAGCAGAGAUAUCAAAGCAUCACAAUUGAAUCGACAUAUGCGAAAACGUCCAUUGUCCAAUACAGGGUUUUAUAAUUGCAGUGGUUUCUUUUGCCCCACAAGAACACUGAUGAAUAAAAUCGAUCUCUUUUGUGAACGUUUAUUUAUACUUGAGGGAUUAUUUAAAAAAUUAUUCUACAUUCCUAAUGUCUUAAACCAUCUUGCGUCUUUAAGUUCCAACGAAAUGGACUCCUCAAAUUCUGAAACACUGUAUUGGACAUUGGACGUUUUCGCAUACGUCGAUUCAAUUGGGACUUAAGUUUUUUGUAAUUUCACUGCUCAUGUAUUCCAUAGCUGUAAAACUGAGGAGGGGUUGAUAGUGAUCGCUACUGAGAAGAGAGAAUGGAAAAUGAGAGGCUUUGCUAUUCUUGCACAGUGCGCAAUCUAUAAAUAAUUCUCAGAAGGAAAUCAUUUUAGUGCUUUCUUUUUACCAAACUUUUGUGUACUUUUUGUGCUCCUGAUCUAAACAGGAUUCACUCACACCAUAGCUGUUGAUUCUUAUGAAAUACAAAUAAAUUGUUUUAUUCAGUU